CGGGGUCGCCAUGGCAACGCGCGGCCCCACCUUGUUCUUUCCCGCCCCCGCCUGGAUUCUGGGGUCUGGUGGCCGAGCACUGGAAGUCUGACGGCUUCUAGGGAGCGAAGACCAGGCGGGCUGGGUGUCGCUCCGGGGUCGGGGUUACAAUCUGGGACGAGCGAUGACUUUUCAGAUUUGGGGGUGGCGGAGGGAAGACGCAUCUCAGGUUUUGGCCUGGGCGCCCCACGCCGAGAGAGGGGGAGCGAUGCCUUGCAAGACCCUGGCUACAAAAGACCCCACAGCUGUAGAGAGAGCAAACUUGUUAAACAUGGCUAAACUGAGUAUCAAAGGACUCAUUGAAUCUGCUCUCAGCUUUGGUCGCACUUUGGACUCUGACUAUCCCCCUUUGCAGCAGUUCUUUGUUGUUAUGGAACAUUGUCUGAAACACGGUCUUAAAGUAAGAAAAUCAUUUUUGAGUUACAACAAAACUAUUUGGGGCCCUCUGGAACUGGUGGAGAAGCUUUACCCAGAAGCAGAGGAAAUAGGAGCCAGUGUCCGAGACUUACCUGGUCUUAAGACCCCACUGGGUCGUGCAAGAGCAUGGCUUCGAUUAGCCCUCAUGCAGAAAAAAAUGGCUGAUUACCUGCGUUGCUUAAUUAUUCAGAGGGAUCUCUUGAGUGAGUUCUAUGAAUAUCAUGCACUAAUGAUGGAAGAAGAAGGAGCAGUAAUUGUUGGACUGCUGGUUGGUCUGAAUGUAAUAGAUGCUAAUCUUUGUGUGAAGGGAGAGGAUUUAGACUCACAAGUUGGAGUGAUUGAUUUUUCCAUGUAUUUAAAAAAUGAAGAAGAUAUUGGAAAUAAAGAAAGGAAUGUUCAAAUUGCUGCUAUUUUAGACCAAAAAAAUUAUGUUGAAGAAUUAAAUAGACAACUCAACAGUACAGUCAGCAGCCUCCACUCAAGAGUCGAUUCAUUGGAAAAGUCAAACACUAAGCUGAUUGAAGAGUUAGCAAUAGCAAAGAAUAAUAUUAUUAAACUCCAAGAAGAAAACCAUCAAUUACGGAGUGAAAAUAAAAUGAUUUUAAUGAAGACACAGCAGCACCUAGAGGUCACCAAAGUGGAUGUGGAAACAGAACUUCAAACAUAUAAGCAUUCUCGGCAGGGGCUGGAUGAGAUGUAUAAUGACGCCAGAAGGCAGCUUCGAGAGGAAUCUCAGUUACGACAGGAUGUGGAGAAUGAGCUAUCAGUACAAGUUAGUAUGAAACAUGAGAUUGAACUUGCCAUGAAGUUGUUGGAGAAAGAUAUCCAUGAGAAACAAGAUACUCUAAUAGGCCUUCGACAACAACUAGAGGAGGUUAAAGCAAUUAACAUAGAGAUGUAUCAAAAGUUACAGGGUUAUGAAGAUGGCUUGAAAGAAAAAAAUGAAAUAAUUGCCCGACUAGAAGAAAAAACCAAUAAAAUUACUGUAGCCAUGAGGCAGCUGGAACAAAGAUUGCAGCAAGCAGAGAAGGCGCAAAUGGAAGCUGAAGAUGAGGAUGAGAAAUAUCUACAAGAGUGUCUGAGUCAAUCCGACAGUCUGCAGAAACAAAUCUCUCAAAAGGAGAAACAGCUGAUCCAACUGGAAACUGAUCUGAAGAUUGAGAAGGAAUGGAGACAGACUUUGCAGGAAGAUCUUCAAAAGGAGAAAGAUGCCUUAUCUCAUCUUAAAAAUGAGACCCAACAAAUCACUAAUCUUAAAAAAGAGUUUCUUAACCUCCAGGAUGAAAAUCAGCAGUUGAAAAAAAUAUAUCGUGAACAAGAGCAAGCUCUUCAAGAACUUGGCAACAAACUUAGCGAAUCCAAACUUAAAAUAGAAGAUAUAAAAGAAGCUAACAAAGCAUUGCAGGGACUGGUCUGGCUCAAAGACAAAGAAGCAACACAUUGUAAGCUUUGUGAAAAGGAAUUCUCACUCUCUAAGAGAAAGCACCAUUGUAGAAACUGUGGGGAGAUUUUCUGCAAUGCCUGUUCUGACAACGAACUGCCUUUGCCUUCUUCACCAAAGCCAGUAAGAGUCUGUGAUUCCUGUCAUGCACUGCUCAUUCAGAGAUGCUCAUCUAACUUGCCAUAAGAUUGCAGAACUAAAUCCUUACCUAUGAAAGUUUCUGCAAUGAAUGCAUACAAGGUAUCCAGACAUAAGCAGCCUUUAGUCAGUAUUGGUACCAGUUUAUCUUCUACAUAUUUAAUUCAUGGGAAUUAUUAAGUUGUAUCAUUUGGUAUUUACUCAUUGUUACAUUUCCAACAGCAUGUUUUAAAAUAACUUUAAUUAUUACAUGGAAUAAUCAUGGAACCCUUCACUUCAUUUAAAGGCCAGAUAUAACAGCUCAAACACAUUUGCCUUAUCUUGUAAAAAGGCCUUCUUAAAAAUUAAGGCUUCAGAUUGUUUUCUUCUUGAAUUCUGUCAAGUUGGUAUUUGAUGGUGCCUGUAAUUCUCUUAAUGCACUUUAAAGCUUCCCUACUCUCAGAGAAAGAGACUGGAAAUGCACAAACUUUUUAGAAGUAUUCUCUAACUCAACAGAAUUAUUAUUUUGGUAGAAUUCCAUAUUCACCUGUAUUUUCCCUCCCUUUUCCCCCCUCUUUGCAGUAGAAAAGGUCAGUAUUUUAUCCUACAAGAUUGUCUUUCCAUCUUUUCUAAACAACCAUUGUGCUUGCUGAUACUUUUUCGGAGUGAUUUGGUAUUUACAAUUUACUUCUAAUCUUGAAAGGAACUUCCUCUUAAGUUAUUUGCAGAUGUUCUUGCGUGUGGUUACCCCCUUCCCCCAAACAUGAAAACAUAAACCUGCACCAUGGGGGGAAAAUGUGUAUUAAUAUGGAAUUACAUGUUUAAACUUUACCACUGAUGACACAGAAUUGAGAGUUCAUGCAGACACAAUCAACCUUAACACUAAGUUAUAUUGUUUAUACCAUACCAAGAAUUUAAUAUGAAGUUGCCUGUGUAUAAGAAAACAAACUCCUACUGACAUUAUUUCCUUUUUUAUUAAUCUAAUUUUCAGCCAUGCACUUUCAAAAACUACAUAGAAACUUUACAUUCCUAAGAACAUUACACUGAAUGAUCAAUCAAAUGCCUUCCUGACCCCCAAGUACUUUUAUCUGGUAGGCUCUUUUCCAUGUGACCAUCUCCUUUAAAAUUUAACUAAAUUGCCAAAGAAAGGAACCAAUGUUUUAGCUGGGCGUGGUGGCACACGUCUGUAAUCCCAGCAGCUUGGGAGGCUGAGACAGGAGGAUCUUGAAUUUAAAACCAGCCUCAGCAUAGGUGAGGAGCUAAGCAGUUCAGUGAGACCCUGUCUCUAAUAAAAUACAAAAUUGGGCUGGGGAUGUGGCUCAGUGGUUAAAUGCCUCUAAUCCCUGGUACCCCCCACCCAAAAGAAACCAAUGUUUUAUUUGAAGAUCUAUUUUCUCCAGAACCCAUAAAUUCUAGUCAGUUUUUGAGGUUGGUUAGUUAGUCUGUGUAUGUGGUACAUGGACUGAACCCAGGGGCUUUCUUCCACUGAGCUACAUCCCCAGUCCUUUUUAUUUUUUCUUUUGAGACAGGGUCGCACCAAGUUGCUGAGGCUGGCCUCGAACUUGUGAUCCUCCUGCCUCAGCCUUCUGAGCUGCUGGGAUUAUAGGUGUGUGCUACCACACCCAGUUUAAAUGGUCUUUCUUGAAUACUGACAGAAAUGUACUUGAGAUAGAAUUAUAUUCUUGAACCAUUUUGUACUGAUGGGAUAGAUUAACAUUUUUAUGACUGCUGAAAAGGAGUAAGCAUAAAUGAAAGUUUUCAAACAGGUUUUUAAAAAUUAUGUGCUUGGAACGAAUUUUAAAAUGUAAUUUAAGUUGCUUAAAUUCCAAGGCAGUUUCCACUCGAUAAAUAAACCAGGAUUUUUAGUCACCCUUUAAAAUUUCAACAUUCAAAACUCAUUUUACUAUUAAUUUGGGCUUUUUUGGGGGAAGCAGCUUUAAUGACAAUAAUACAACUUGCUCAUUCAGUUUUGGCUUACUUUAAAACCAUUUAUACUUUAGAUUUUUGUGUUCCAUUACAAAACUUUCACAAUUCUUUCUUUUUGAUCAUGAACCUACUGCACUUUUGUUUUCAAAAUAGAUUUCGUAUACCAUUCCCUUACCUAGCCAGUACUACCACAAUGAUGCGAUCAUGGUGCCAAGGAAUUGCGAUUGUAAUUCUUCUAACCUGUAAUGUUUUAAAAGUAAAAUGUGAAUUUUAUAAAUCAAAUAAAGAUUUGAACAAUUA